AGUGACACAUCUAGGCAGGCGAAAAAUGGCGUUGGCUGCAUCAAGAGUUGGAAGGGGUUUGGCCCAGCUGUGCCGGCCAGCAGCAGCAGCGCUGAACCAGGCUCAGCCAAUACAUAGUGAUGUUGCUCGACCAUCCACCAUUGUUGAGACUGAGCGGCCCAUCUCCAAGCCGGAGGGGAACCUCACGUGCACGCUGAUCCCCGGUGACGGCGUGGGUCCGGAGCUGUGCAAUGUCAUCUCGGAGGUGUUCAAGGCGGCCGGCGUGCCGGUCGACUUUGAGACGUACUUUCUGUCGGAGGUGCACUACUCGCUGUCGUCGCCGCUCUCCGACGUCACAAAGUCGAUCCGGAGGAACGGCUCCUGUCUGAAGGGCAUCCUGCAGAGCCCCGACUACUCGCGCAGCGCCGAGCUCAAAACGCUCAACAUGAAACUCAGGGACGCGCUGGACCUGUACGCCAACGUGGUGCACGUAAAGAGCAUCCCCGGCAUCCCGACCCGGCACAAGAACAUCGACUUCGUGGUCAUUCGAGAGCAGACCGAGGGCGAGUACUCGGCCCUCGAGCACGAGAGCGUCAAGGGCGUGGUCGAGUCGCUGAAGAUCACCACGGCAGAAAAGAGCCGCCGGAUCGCCAAGUUCGCCUUCGACUACGCCACCAAGUUCGGCAGAAAGCGCGUCACGGCUGUGCACAAGGCCAACAUCAUGAAGCUGGGUGACGGCCUGUUCCUGCGCUGCUGCCAGGAGAUCUCUGAGCUGUACCCGGAGAUCGAGUUCAGCAAUAUGAUCGUGGACAACUGCACGAUGCAGAUGGUGUCCAACCCGCACCAGUUCGAUGUGCUGGUGCUGCCCAACCUGUACGGCAACAUCAUCGACAACCUGGCCAGCGGCCUGGUGGGCGGCGCCGGCGUGGUGGCAGGCGCCAGCUACAGCGCCGACGCCGUCGUCUUCGAGCCGGGCGCGCGGCACACGUUCCAGCAGGGAGUCGGCAAGAACGUGGCCAACCCGACGGCGAUGCUGCUGUGCGCGGCCAACAUGCUCAACCACAUGAACCUGCAGUUCCACGGCGACAUGAUCCGAGAGGCCGUGGAGAAGGUCAUCCGCAAGGGAAAGGCCAACACCAAGGACAUCGGAGGCCAGCACACCACCUCCGACUUUAUGAACGCCGUCAUUCACUCGCUCGACUUCAAGUGAGCAGGUGAGGACCAAGGACAUGCGCGGCCACUCGACCACCACCGAGUUUCAGCGGGCGGUGAUCGACAACCUCGACUUGUAGCUCCCCUCCCGUCCGCUCCCCGCCGCGCCGGCGGCAGCGGCCGCGCCGGUCCGGCCGAUAGCGCGGCGGCUCUCCGCCACUCAGACAGGUGAUACUAGACGAGCGGUCCGCCGCAGCGCUGCCGGCGGUCACUGCUAGGUAGGCCUGCUUCCAGUGCAAUAGGCUGAUUCAGAUGUCUAGGAGUAUUUUGGACUGGCAUUUUACCUAUUCUGUCGACUAUCCAUCAUUUGACGCACUGUGUCGUCUGUCCUUAGUUCCUUUGUGCCCUGUCGGCGCGGUGUUGUCUGUUAUCGAUCAGUAUUUCGGUCACUUUCGACCCAUGACCAGCGAACCCUUCCGUCUCCGUCUGUUCUGUACUCUGGGCUCCCGGGCGGGCGGCGGCGAGGCCCGGCCGUCCGCCGGUAUUUAUUGUUGACGUGCUGUGCCCGCUCGGCCCGGGUCGCUGCUCGGUGAGCCGUGUAACAGGCGAAGGUGUUGUAUCUGCCCAAUGACCGGCCGUGUGUGGACGAAUGUGGAGCGUGCGAAAUAUACGAGUGAUGUCUGAAA